AUGCCGCUGGAAGCGACAAUGCUGGUGAUUGACAACUCAGAGUGGAUGCGGAACGGUGACUACCCGCCAUCGCGCUGGGAGGCUCAGGCAGAUGCAGUCAAUAUUGUGUUCGACGCAAAGACGAACUCCAACCCGGAGAAUAUGGUCGGUAUCAUGACCAUGGCCGGCAAGAGUCCAGAAGUGAAGGUUACGCUCACGCAGGAUGUGGGCAGGGUGUUUGCAGCAUUGCACGAUAGCAAGCUCGAUGGAACAGUGAAACUUUGCACAGGCAUUAAUGUCGCGCAGCUGGCACUCAAGCAUCGCCAGAACAAGAACCAGCGGCAGCGCGUGGUGGUAUUUGUAGGGUCGCCGGUCGCAGAUACGUCGGAGAGCUUGCUUGCACUGGCCAAGAAGCUGAAGAAGAACAAUGUCGCUGUCGACGUCGUCAAUUUUGGCGAAGACGAACUCAACCAGGACAAACUUGCCAAGUUCGUCGAAGCGGUGAACAGCAGUGAGAAUAGCCAUCUGCUCACGGUUCCGACCGGCGCGAAUCUGUUGGCUGAUACCCUCAUCUCGUCUCCGAUUGUCUCGGAGGGCGCGCCGGAAGCGAGUAGCUCCGGUGAGGGAGGAGCAGGAGUUGAUCCGCAGCUGGGCGUGGACCCGAGCCUAGAUCCGGAGCUUGCUAUGGCAUUGCGCAUGUCGCUCGAGGAGGAGCAGGUGCGUCAGCGGGCUACACAAUCGGGGACAGAUACCGCAGAAGGUGCUGCUGGGUCCAUGGUGCCGCAUGGCGCGCCUCCGAUCACAGGGACUGCCGGGCUCGAUACCAAUGAGUCCAACGAUGCACAGUCGGAGCAGGCACUUUUGGAGCAGGCGAUCGCUCUUUCGCAGAACGGAGCUCCAGAGCAGGCAAGUGCUCCGGGCGCAGCUCGCGCUACUGUUGCGGGCGCAAACGACGGCGAUGAGGACGAAGAUAUGACCGAGGAAGACGCUAUUGCUAGGGCUAUCGAAAUGAGUCUGAUGGAUGGCAAUCAGAGUAGGCCGGACUCAAAUCAAAACUAG